GAGGCAGGGCUGGGGGUGGGGGGCUCUACCCCCUUCCCUCUGCAGCUGCUGGCCUGAGGCGCCCUGCCCACCCUGCCCUGCCCAGAGCCCAGCUCUGAACCUGACGCCCUCCCUGCUGGGCUGCCCACCCACCGGCCCCCACUCACAUGCCUGCCUGCCCCACAGUGCCCUUGGUUGGCCCAUGGCCCACUCCCAGGAGAACCCUCACUCCAGGAGGGCUGGGUUGGGGGCUUCGCGCUCCUUGCCCUGGGGCGCUGGGUCCAGGCAGGGUGCCCCCCGGCAGCCUCAGCUGCUGGGUAAACAUUAAUGGGGCUCGGCCGGCAGGUCAUGUGCGCACCCAGGCUCUCUAACCUGCGGCUGCUGCGCCGUCAGCUCCCCACUGGGGCCCCCGACCACCCACACAGGUAGGAACUCCUAGAACCAGGGGUGGGAGAGGUCCAGGGCCACUGACACGACCCAAGUGACCUCCAGGCCUGGGGCUUGGGCCCUAUCGUGCAUGUCGGGGACCCCUGGACAAGAAAGAGCAGCCGGGGGCAGGCAGGAGGCGGGGGUGCCCCAGAGGACCCCAGGCCUAGCAGGCAGUCGGGGUGGAGGGAUCAGAUGGACAGCUCCGAGCCCCGGGAGCUGCUGGGAGCUGAGCCUUGAAGUGGGGUGGGGGCACCCGAGCCCCUUCCUCUGCUCCUCGCCCUGGGGGGGGCCCUCAUCCAGUGGCGAUGGCGCCAUGUGGAAUUGGAUGCCAGCGUCGAAGCCGGGACUGUCGUAGCGUCCCCGACGUCACCCGGUGGAACAAGUCCCCAGUGCCCUGCUCAGCCGGCACCCUGUGCUCUCGUCCAGCCAGACCCGCAAGGAAGACAGGAGCCAGGGCCCCUCAACUCUGUCUGUGAGACUGACUGGGGCUUGCCCGCCUGCAGCCGGAGAUCACUGUGGCCACCCUCCUGUGGACGGAGGAGGGGGGCACACAGAGGCCUGCAGGGGCGUUGCCAAAGGGGUGCCCCACACCUGCCCUCCUGCCCACAGAUCUGCCCCAGACCCAUGCCGGCCUCCCUCACUGGUGGCCAGGCUGCCCACCGCCCUCCAAACAUGGCUGACCUGGUGGACCAGGGUCUGAGAAAUGCAGGGCCCUCCAGUUCUGUCCUGGUCUUGGAAGAGGUGGGCACAGACCCCUGGGCACUGCCUCAGCUGAAGGACACUGGCCAGUCCUGGAAAGAGCUCAGUGUGGCCGGCAGGCUCGGCCGCCUGGCCGGCAGCUUCCUCAAGGCCGGCGGCCUCCUGGGCUGCCUCUACUUCUUCAUCUGCUCCCUGGACAUCCUGAGCUCCGCCUUCCAGCUGCUGGGCAGCAGAGUGGCCGGGGACGCCUUUAAGGACAACGUGGUGCUGUCCAACCCCGUGGCCGGACUGGUCCUGGGCGUGCUGGUCACCGUGCUCGUGCAGAGUUCCAGCACGUCUUCGUCCAUCGUGGUCAGCAUGGUGGCCUCCAAGCUGCUGUCCGUGCAGGUGUCCGUGCCCAUCAUCAUGGGUGUCAACGUGGGCACUGCCGUCACCAGCACGCUGGUCUCCAUGGCACAGGCGGGCCGCCGGGACGAGUUCCGCAGGGCCUUCGGCGGCUCGGCCGUGCACGGCAUCUUCAACUGGCUCACGGUGCUGGUGCUGCUGCCGCUGGAGCGGGCGACGGCCGCCCUGCAGAGGCUCAGCGAGCUGGCCCUGGGCGCCGCCCGCCUGCGGCCCGGCGGGCGGGCACCCGACAUCCUCAAGGUGCUCACCAAGCCGCUCACACACCUGGUCGUGCAGCUGGACGCCAAUGUGCUCACUGGCGGCGCCAACAGCAGCCUCAUUAAGCGAUGGUGCGGCUCCGGCAGGGAGACGACCCAGGGGAACAGCGAGUUCGAGCAGCGGAAUCAAACAGUGCCCGUGGACAAGCUGCCCUGCCACCACCUGCCACCACCUGUUUGUGGGCGCGGGGCUCACGGACCUGGCCGCGGGCUGCGUCCUGCUGGCCGGCUCCCUGCUGACCACCGUGCCCCUGCCCCAGGCCACCACCUGUUUGUGGGCGCGGGGCUCACGGACCUGGCCGCGGGCUGCGUCCUGCUGGCCGGCUCCCUGUUGCUGCUCUGCGCCUGCUUGCUCCUCCUGGUGAAGCUGCUGAACUCAGCGCUGCGUGGCCGCGUGGCCGCGGCCGUGAGGACCGCCAUCAACGCCGACUUCCCCUUCCCCUUCGGCUGGCUCAGCGGCUACCUGGCCAUCCUGGUGGGCGCCGGCCUGACAUUCCUGCUGCAGAGCAGCGGCGUCUUCACGGCGGCCAUCGUGCCUCUCAUAGGGGUCGGGGUGAUCAGCCUGGACCGCGCCUACCCCCUCUUCCUGGGCUCCAACAUCGGCACCACGACCACGGCCCUUCUGGCCGCCCUGGCCAGCCCCGCCGACAUGCUGCUGUCUGCCGUGCAGGUGGCCCUCAUCCACUUCUUCUUCAACCUGGCGGGCAUACUGCUGUGGUACACACUGCCCGUCCUGCGGCUGCCCGUGCCACUGGCCAAGCGCUUCGGAGACCUGACUGCCCGCUACCGCUGGGUGGCCAUCGCCUACCUCCUGCUCACCUUCCUGCUGCUUCCCCUGCUGGCCUUUGGGCUCUCCCUGGCUGGGGCCACGGCGCUGGCCGCGGUAGGGGGGCCCCUGGUGGGGCUGCUGCUCCUUGCCGGCCUGGUCUGUGUCCUGCAGCGGCACCGGCCCGCCUGGCUGCCCGGCCGCCUGCGUUCCUGGGCCUGGCUCCCCCUCUGGCUGCGUUCCCUGGCCUGGGACCACCUGGUGACCCGCUGCUGUCCCUGCAGCCUCCCUCAGAGCACGGCCAGAGAGGCCCACGGCUGCGGGGACCCUGAGGUCCUGGCCUCCCAGAGGUUGUGAAGGGUGGGGCCUCCUGUGCGGGAUGGGGGCCGGGUCCGCACCAGUAUCAGAUGUG